AGUGAGUUGUCAUGGCAACACAAUACGUUCCCAUGUCUCACACGCAGACCGUUUGCUUUGGAGAUAAGUAAAUUGCCACACCCGAGCUUCAGGUGGAUGUUUAUCGUGGAGACAGGUUUUCAACAGGGAUGUGAAUCUGUCUUAACGUUCUUUAAUUUCGUAUUCUGGUCACUCAAAAUAAUCCUUUCAGGUCACUAUGAGCAAACAAGAAGAGUUGUGGGAGAAGCUAGACUCCGAGUUUGACCACAUUCUGCUAGACAUGAAACCGUAUGUUCUCAAGCAUCCCAGCAAAACAGAGCGUCAGUAUUGUGCCAUAUGGAUUAAGAAGCUGUGUGACCUGACAACAUGUGGUUUGGGUGUGAUGGAUCGAAAGAACCGCAACAUGUAUGCCCAUUUGCUGCUUUCUAUGCUCAAAAGGGGCAUCCUGGAGGGCCCGUUUACUGCCAAACCAGAACCUGGAAAGCUCAAGACACUUCCUACCUACAUGUCCAUUUAUUUUGAUGAACCUCUGAAUGGUCGAUCGGCUGAGCAGAGCAACAGAGGUCUUCCUGACUGGGUCACAGGAGAGCUGAGUGGUUGCGCUGAUGAAAGUUUGGCCAUGGAUCUUCUGAAGGACCGAUCCAGUUCUACACCAAUUACUGCUCAUCACAGGAGGAGACUGUAUGAGGAAAGGGUUCUUCCUGAACCCAUGUCCUCCAGUUCACUCAAGCUGAGUCCAAGACGAGACUCAAGAAUGGUGGAUGGGAUGCUAAAAGCAAAUGUGUCUGCUGGCGACAGUGAGUUGGAGACUCGCCUUAACAGCUGGAACCUGGGGAUUGAAAACCCCAGGUAUUUGAGAGAGAAGCCCAGCCCCUUGUCACCAAUUUUAAAGUCAACCAUUGAGACGAAUAGCACCUUUGCCAGUGACCAUGGUCUACAAAGCAAAGAGACUGAGGUGAAGAUCAGACUGUUGGAGUCCAAGCACCAGGAGGAGAAACUGAAGAUGCAACAGAGACACGAUGCGGAUGUUGAGAAGAUUCUGGACCGAAAAAAUCUGGAGAUUGAAGAGAUAAAGAGUGUGUACAGAGUUAAGCAGAAGGAAUCUGAGGAGAUGAGCCGUAAGCUUGAAAAGAAAGUUCAAAGUGUUCUGCGUGAAUCCCAGAUCAUCUGUGAGAGCAAAGAGAAGCAGAUAGCAGAGCUGAAGAAGCUCUCCGAUCAGAGUGCUGACUCCAUAAGAAACGAGUGGGAGAAGAAGUUACAUGCAACUGUAGCAGAGAUGGAGCAGGAGAAGUUUGAAAUGCAGAGGAAACACACCGAAAACAUGCAGGAGCUGCUGGACGACACCAACCGUAGGCUGGCUAAGAUGGAGUCCGAGCACAACGCUCGUUCUCAGGCCACUGAAAAAAUAAUCCAUGAGAUGGAGCUGCGUGUGAAGCAACAGUCAAUGGAGUUGGAGAAGGCCAAUGACUUACGCAGAAAGGUGACGCAGGAGAAGGCCCGGCUGGAGAUCCACAUCGCGUCCCUUGGUGCCGAAUUGCAAGAGACAAACAAACGGGUGAUGUUGCUGCAGAAGGAGAAAGAACAGCAGAGCGAGCAACACGAGGAGAAAGUGAUGAAUCUCCUGGCCAAACACGAGACAGACGUGAGCCACCUACAUCAGGAACACGCUCUAUCUGCCGCUAAGGCGUCAGAGAUGAUAGAGGACUUAGAGAAGACUGUGGCUCAGUUCAAGCAGCAGCUUCAGGAAAGCGAGUAUAGAAGACAACAACAAGUCAGAGAUCAAGAGAUGAAGUUCCAGCAAGAGAAAGAUGAGCUGCAGACUUGCUGUGAGAAAAAGGUGUUGGCAGUUCACAGUGAGGCUGAAAGGGAGAAAAUUGAGGCCAAGAGGAAGAUAGCCAAACUAGAAGAUGCACUAAGAGAGAUGGAGAGCCAGCUGGACAGGGCGAAACAGAGCCAAAGACAGCAGAUCCAGCAGGCCGAUUUGGCACUGGAGCAGUUCAAGAAGCAGGUGGAGCUCAGCUCUGAGAAGGUCUACACUGACAUGAAACUCCAGAUGGAGAAGGUAGAGGAGGACUUGAUCCGCUCCAAAACCCUAAGGGAGAACCAGGCCAAGGAGUUCUCUCUACAGCUUGAUGCACUGAGACAGAAAUAUGAGCAGCAGAUGGCUGAGCAGCACGCACAGCACGAGCAGGAGAGGACGCGGCUACAGCAGCAGCACAGCGCGGAAAAGGACAACCUGGUCCAGGAGCACCAGCGGGAGGCGAGCAGCCUGGAGAGGCAGGCCAGGGCCACCCUGCAACAGCACCAGCAGCACGCCCAGGAGUGGAGGAAGCACGAUGCCCAGACAAUUUCCAAUUUGGAGGCCCAAGUGUCAACUCUACACGAUGAGUUCCAGCAGGCCCAUGAGCAGCACAAGCAGAAGCUGGCCGAGAUGGCGCUGCUUCAGGAGGAGGAGAGGCAAAAAGCGAUCCACGCCAAGGAGGCGUCGAUGCAGCAGCUGCGCUCCGACAUGGAACGGAUGACCAACGAUCUGAAGAAGAGCCACCAACAGGAGAUGGACGCCAAUCUGGAGAAGCUGAUUGCAGAGCUGCAGACGUCGGCAUGUGACUCUAAAGAAGAGGCCGUUCGCCUGAAGCAGGCGAUGGAGAAGCAGCUGAAGGAGGCCAACGCUCGGUGGGACAAAGAGAGACAGGCGAUUACCCACGAGGCCGAGCAGGCCAACAAGGCUCUGCAGGAAAAGCUGGAGAGUCUGCGGAGACAGCUGCACAGUGCCGAGAAGAAGCUGCUCAACAAGGAGCUGGAGACAGAAGAAAGGGUGACGUUGGUGCAUCAAGAGUAUGAGGAGAAGAUCAAGGGUCUGAUGCCGGCGGAUCUCAGGAAGGAGCUGGAAGACACCAUCACCUCCCUGAAAGCUCAGGUCGGCUUCCUCCAGAAGACGGCCUCCUUGCUGCAGGAAGACCUGGAUGCCUGCCGCAACAGGAGGUAACAGCAUGAAGCUCAGACACUCCGGGACGUGAAGGACGAUGCCGGCCAACAGAAGUGAGCAUUGUAGUUCCCUCUCAUCCUUCACUCCACCGGACCGGUCAUUCUGAAGUUUGUUUAUCUCAUUUUACUUUAACGUUGAUUAAAUGUAGCAUUUCGAUGUCCUCAUCCAGCUAAAGUGUCCAUUUCUGUCUUUUUAUCAGCUGCCUGACUUUCUCAUGAAAAUGUUCAUAUUUUUAUAAAUUCAUCAUUUGUAAUAAAAGACUUUGUCUCUCCUUG